CAUUCUCCAUGGGCAGGACAGGGUGUGACCUCAAUAGAAUGACAAUGAACAAAGGCAGUUAAAAUGAAAUCAGCUUAACAACUUUCGUGACCAUGUAUUAGGUGAAAGCCUCAUAGACUCAGAAUACAUGGUUUGUACAGAAGAUUCUGAUGUUUAGGUUAGGUUUCUCAUCAUUCUUAAUCUUAUCAAGACAGCAUAUUAAGAUAAUGAAGCAAGGUUUAACAACUACAGCCCUACAAGGCCCUUUCAACUACAUUAACGGUGAACGUGUUACUUCAGUUGAUAGUACUCAUGAUAUAAAAGUUUCAAAACCAGCAACAGGAGAAGUUCUGUGCACUAUCCCAAACUCUGGACAACAGGAUGUUGACAAAGCUGUUCAAGCUGCCAGAGCAGCUUUUGCUCAGUGGUCAGCAUUAGGUGGUCUAGAAAGGGGCCGUUUCUUAAUUUCCGCUGCUCAGAAAGUUAGGGAACGUUUAGAAGAACUUGCAAAGCUGGAAGUUUUAGACACAGGAAAGCCUGUGUGGGAAGCUCGUGUUGACCUUUCAGGAUGUGCCGAUUACUUAGAAUAUUAUGGGGGAGUGGCAUCAACAGUUGGAGGUCUUCACUAUCAGCUUCCUGGUGGGAAUUUUGCUGUUGUUCGGAGAGAGCCUCUAGGAGUGGUUGGUGGAAUUGGUGCUUGGAACUACCCGUUUCAAACUAUUUCUUGGAAAGCCGCUCCUGCUCUGGCCUGUGGAAACACUUUUGUUUACAAGCCUUCUCAGUUUACACCAGUCACUUCUGUUGUCUUUGGUGAGAUUUUAACAGAAGUUGGUGUCCCACCUGGUGUAGUUAAUGUUAUUCAGGGUGCUGGUUCUACUGGUGAAGCACUCUGUCAGCAUCCUGGUGUAGCCAAGAUUAGUUUUACUGGAAGUGUCCCUACAGGGCAGAAAAUCAUGAAAGCUUGUGCCGAUGGAAUGAAACGAGUAACAUUAGAGCUUGGAGGAAAGUCACCCAUGUUGGUUUUUGCUGACACUGAUCUUACAGAAGCAGUCAAAGCAACUAUGUUAGGAAAUUUUCUAACUCAAGGCCAGGUUUGUAGCAACUGCACGAGAGUGUUUGUGGAACGUCCUAUUUUGAAAGACUUUCAAGAAAAGCUUGUUACUGCUUGUGAGAAAAUGGUCAUUGGGGACCCAUUUGACAAUGAGACGACUGUAGGAGCAACCAUCACGCUGGAACAUGCAGAAAAAGUGCUUCAUUAUAUUGAUGAGGCCAAAAAACAGGGAGCACGUUUACUGUGUGGCGGGAAACGAAUCAAUCCAAGUGACACAAAACUAGCAGGUGGUUAUUAUUUAUCACCAUGUGUCCUGACUGAUUGUCAUGAUGACAUGACUUGUGUGAAAGAAGAAAUCUUUGGCUCUGUUGUCACCAUUUUGGCCUUUGAUACUGAAGAAGAAGCGAUAGCACGAGCUAAUAGCACUCCAUUCGGGCUAGCAGCUGGAGUGAUGACAAAAGAUCUCCAGCGUGCUCACCGUGUUUCAGCCCAGCUGCAGGCCGGUAUUGUGUGGAUUAAUAACUGCAAUGUGUUUCCUCCCGAAGUUCCUUUUGGCGGAUACAAGAUGUCAGGUUUCGGUCGUGAGAACGGCUUAGCUGCACUGAACGAUUACACCCAACUUAAAACUGUCUAUACGGAAAUGUCAUCAAAAAUAGACUGUCCAAUUUAUAAAGAAUAAUUUGGAGACCUUAUUUUUCAAGGUUGCCAUGGAUGUUAUGAAUGGUUAAAAAAUUGUUUAAAAAAUAAAACUAAUGGGGGAAAAAGAACAACAGGAUUGUAAUACUCUACCAAAUGUACUAAAGCUAACUACUGUAAUGUUUAGCUGAAUUCAAGUAUUCAUAACCAACAUAAACAUACCUAACCACUAGUCAUAACAUUUAUAUUGUUUAGUGAGAUUAAUGUAUAUAUAUAUAUAUAUAUAUCCACUAGAAUACUAUGUAACUUUGCUGCUUUGAACAAAGUUUAUUUGUGUAACAUUCCUAAGUACAUUCUCAAAUACCCUAAAAUCCCAAGUAUAUAUUUUCAUGAUCUAUAUGUUGACUACUUGUUUUACUGCCUGCAAUUCUUUUUUAAGUAAAUAAAGUACGAUCUGUUGUGACCUCAAGGUCAUGCAUCCAAAUGCUACAAGUUGUUGUUGUUAGU